AACGAGUCCAUUCAAAAAAAUCAAAAAGAUUCUCCUGUGAGGAAAUGGCUUCUUUUUCGUUUCCAUGGCAGUUCUAUCCGAAAUUCUCUUUAUCUCUUCUUCGGGCUUAACCUCCACAAAAUAUAUUGAUGCGCUAUGCCAACAUGUGGAAAACGGUACCUUCUGCAUGCACAUGUUGAGAGCCUAUCCUCCCGCGGUUACUGCCACCGAUUUGUUUUCCCUGGCUAACAUCGUGAUCAACCUCGGCAUAUCCUACGCCAACAACACGGGGGCUUUUGCCGCCGAAGCGGCUAAGAAAGAGCCAACGUUGAAGGUGCAGUUCAAGUCAUUCCAGCAUGAAUAUGACGGUAUUCAGUUGUAUCUAAGAAUGGCAAGGGGGGAGCUCAAGGAAUCUCCAAUGAGUGCAAACUAUGACAUUUUUCGUUGUACGGAUAUCACUAUGUACCUGAAGGAUGUGGUCGGAGGAAACAGAGACAACACCUCUAAAACGUUCAUGGAUAUGACAUUGCAAAUGGAGAACAUUAUCGAUGUUGCCCUUGGAGCCACCGUAGCUCUUGGCGGGUGAAUAUGAAUCGUGGCGUUGUCAAAAGCUGGCUUAGGUUUUUAAUUUGUAGUUUGCAUUUCCUCAAAGAUUGUAAUGAUUUAAUCCUCUGCAAUAAAAAUCAAUAUAUUUUCAAGGUACUCUAAGUUUUGUUGUAAAA